CCUUGACAUGAGUCUACCGUAUGAUUCCCAAGUAAUAUCGUAGAACUGACAGCCAUUGGUAAAGUCACGGUAUCGCUCCUGAGUAGCAUACUCCAUUACCCCAAGAAUGCCUCCGUUGCCACCAAGGCGUAUUGCCGGUGAAAGGCCGUAUUACAAGCUUUCUUUAUCCUUACGUACCGUCAUCGAGCUCCUGCAGCAUCCUGUUGAGCCCAAGUUCCUCCCUGCCGAGCUUGAGUUCCUCCCUACGAAUCAUGAAUUCUUCAAGCUGCAGUUUGAUGCUGGCCUGUUCGCGUAGCUUGUUCGCUGAAGGACAAUCCGUGUUGUGGACUGAGCAAUUUGCCAUAGCAGUUGCAUCGUUCU